GUAUGAGAUUAAAAUGCUUGGUAUAACAAAAAUUUACAGCAGUCAUCAGAUAUUUAUUUCACUGGAUAUGAGGAAAAUGCCAAUCCGUAGAGUCACCCACAUUUCCUGACCUUUCAAUUGGGAAUAUUUAGUAAUGAGAAAAUGAAAACACGUGAAGAAGAGAGUGGAGACGAAUUGAAUUGUGCAGGUGGGCUGUUUCUUAAGAUAAGUAGUUUGUGGCCACAUUUUAUAUGGGAAGGUUCAAGAAAUUAGCUCGAGGUAAAGAGUAGAAUGGAACACCCUUUCAUAUCUGAUGCCCAUGAUAUUUUUUCAAGAUCAAGCUCUUUGUAAGGAAGAAUGCUAGAUGCAGGGCCAGCUAUUUGGGUAGCCAAUAAAAGGAAAUUUGGGGAUUCAGUAUCAGCAUCAGGAAUAGGGGAUUAGUUGUUCUAUAUUGUUUUUAAAUUCGAUUGUGUUGGGAGUUUUGCAUCAAUGUUUUGGAUCACACUUUGAGAUCCAUCAAACGUGAUUGAUUAUCAGAAUAAUUAAAAAAUAAAAGAAAAAAAAAUAAUAUCAUUAUAAAUUGUUGUGAAAACUUUGAUGUCAUUAACAGAGGAUUAAAAUUAUUCACAACAGUGGUGAUUGAAGCAGGAACAGAGAGCUUUAUUCCAAGGGCAGCAGCAGCAUCAUGAACAAGGUAAGCAAAACAGAUGAACCUUCUCUUCAUGGAUUAGGCCUACCAUGUGUUAAAUCAAGUAAUAGUGGUAGUUCCCAUUUGUAUUAUCCUAAUCACAUAGGAGGUUCUGCAAAUGGAGAGAUCUAUCAAUCUACAUCCACUGUGGAAUUCCACAGUACUAGUAAUUACAGCACUAAUCAUGAAUCUUCAGAGUGGGACAAUUGGGGGGGAGCCAUAACAUCUGUGGAAGAAGAGGAAAUAAUAAGAUUGGGUAAAACUAUUGGAUUGUCUAGAGAUGAAAUUGGAGCUGAAAACUGGAGGACAAGUCGCCUCAAGAACAGCUCUCCUGAUGUACCACUAUCUCAAUCUGUUCAAGACUUGCAAGGCAGUUUUUACUCUGCCAACCCUGCAACUGAAUCAAUUGGGAUCGCAAUUAGUGGGUUAAAACACAAUCUCCAAAACAGUUAUGAACAGAAAGAUGAGUCAGUACCAUUGGGCUAUGACGGUAGGAAUUCAAAAGCAUCUGAAUUUGUUCACAAUAGGGCUUGUUCUUCUAAGGAUUUAGAAGGUUUGCACCUUCUAGAUCUUCUACUCCAAUGUGCAGAGGCCAUUUCAUCACACAAUUUAGAAGAAGCAAAUGUCAUGCUUAUGGAGCUUCAAGAACUCUCUUCUCCCCAUGGAAGCUCAGUCCAGCGUGUGGCUGCUUACUUUGCAGAAGCCAUGGCAUCUCGAUUAAUAAGCUCGCACCUAGGAAUCUAUUCUCCCAUCAUGCACAAAACCAAAGCCCAAAGAAUCCUAUCAGCAUUCCAAGUCUAUAAUGGCAUUACUCCUUUUGUGAAAUUCUGUCAUUUCACUGCAAAUCAGGCAAUACAGCAAGCACUGCAAGGGGAGAAGAAAGUGCACAUCAUUGACCUGGACAUCAUGCAAGGCCUGCAAUGGCCAGGGCUAUUCCACAUUCUUGCCUCUCGCCCUGGUAGGCCGCCCUAUAUUCGAAUCACAGGGCUGGGGAGCUCAAUGGAAGCAUUGGAGGCAACAGGUAGGAGGCUCUCAGAAUUUGCUAGCGCAGUGGGUAUUCCCUUUGAAUUUCAUGCAAUCCCAGAUAAGAUUGGCAACAUGGGUAUAGACUGUAUAGAGAGGAGGCUCAAGGUCAAGAAAGGAGAGGCAUUGGUUGUACAUUGGCUGCACCAUUCUCUGUAUGAUGUCACAGGCUCUGACAUGAGCACCCUGUGGCAGCUCAGGAGGCUCAACCCUAAGCUUAUCACAAUGGUGGAGCAGGAUCUCUGUCACAGUGGAUCUUUUCUCUCCAGAUUUAUGGGUGCAAUGUACUAUUAUUCUGCUCUGUUCGAUUCCCUCAGUGCAGCCCAUCCUGAUGACAGCUUUGAAAGACAUGUUGUAGAACAGCAGCUAUUGUCUUGUGAAAUAAAGAACAUUCUUGCUGUGGGAGGUCCUGCAAGAUGGGUUGAGUAUGUAAAAUUUGACAAGUGGAGAGAGAAGCUUGAGCAAGCAGGAUUCACCAAAUUCGGGCUUGGGGGCAAUGCAGCAGCUCAGGCAGAGCUUCUGCUAGAAAUGUUUCCCUCUCAGCCUUAUACUCUUCAUGAAGAGUAUGGAACUCUCAAACUUGGCUGGAAAGACCUUGCCCUAUACACUGCUUCAGCAUGGACACCCACCCAUGAUGCACUGUAAAUCUUACUCUACACUGCUUCAGCAUGGACACCCACCCAUGAUGCACUGUAAAUCUUACUCUAGUACACUGUCUUAAAAUUACUCUUUAAACUUUCAAUAAUUGAUUAUUACUUUUUAAAAA